AUGGAUGACAUAGAAACUAAUUGCGAGAAACUCUAUCGUAAUCAUGCACCGCAAGAUGAGCCCCAAUCAUAUCCUCUCGAUCCAAAUCAUACUCACUUUAUUCUUCUCGACGAUAAAUGGGGUGAAGAUGAUGAGAAAUGGCAAAGAAACAAGUGUAAUGUUCGAGCCGACCUCACUAUUCAGUUGCGUGCUGAAAUUGAACAAGAAGCUCGUUGUAGCUCACAUUAUAGACAAAACUAUAAAAUUCCAAUUGUUCAAAUCCUGAUCGAAGGUGGUCCUUCAUCCCUUUUAACAGUCAUUGAAGCAGUAACCCAUGAAACGCCUGUUGUUGUCAUUGAGGAUGCUCAACUGGAUAGUGCUUUAAUUCAUGCAAUACAACAUGACUCUGUGCAGUUUGUCGAACUUCUCAUUGAACAAGGUGCAUCAUUUGAUCGUCUUCGACGAUUGAUCAAUCUUGAUGACUUAUACAAGAAAGUGAGAGAGAUUCUGCAGAAUUGA